CGCCGCCGCCCAUGCCCCGCCGCUGUGGCAGGGACCUCCCCUUUAACAGCGGCGGCUCCGCGCUCUGCUGCCCCCGCGGCGGCGGCUGCUGCUGCGGCUACUACUGCGGCUGUUACUGCGGCUUUUGCUGCCGCCGGCGCCCGGCCUCGGGCAGCUGCAUCCUCCGCCGGGCCGGGUCCCCGCCCCUGCGCCCCGCCCGGCCCCGCCAUGGUGUCCUGGAUCAUCUCCCGCCUGGUGGUGCUCAUCUUUGGCACCCUGUACCCAGCCUAUUCUUCCUACAAGGCCGUGAAGACAAAAAAUGUGAAGGAAUAUGUGAAAUGGAUGAUGUACUGGAUCGUCUUUGCCUUCUUCACCACAGCUGAGACACUUACGGAUAUCGUGCUCUCCUGGUUCCCCUUCUACUUUGAGCUCAAGAUUGCCUUCGUGAUAUGGCUGCUGUCCCCUUACACCAAGGGCUCCAGCGUGCUCUACCGCAAGUUCGUGCACCCGACACUGUCCAACAAGGAGAAGGAGAUUGACGAGUACAUCAUGCAGGCCCGAGACAAGAGCUAUGAGACCAUGAUGAGGGUAGGCAAGAGGGGCCUGAAUCUGGCCGCCAAUGCCGCAGUCACAGCUGCUGCCAAGGGCCAGGGGGUGCUGUCAGAGAAGCUCCGAAGUUUCAGCAUGCAGGACCUGACCCUGAUCCGGGACGAGGAUGCAUUGCCCCUGCAGGGGCCCGACAGCCGCCUCCGACACAGCCCUGGCAGCCUCCUGGACACCAUUGAGGACUUAGGAGAUGACCCUGCCCUGAGUUUGAGGUCUAGCAUGAACCAGGCAGACCCCCGGACAGAGACCUCUGAGGAUGACACAGGGGACAAGGCCCCCAAGAGAGUCAAAUCCAUCAAAAAAGUGCCCAAAGCUGAGCCACUGGCUUCCAAGACACUGAAGACCCGGCCCAAGAAGAAGGCCUCUGGUGCAGGUGACUCAGCUUGAGGUCUGCCAACCCCCUGCAGGCUGCAGAGCAAGGAGAAAGCCUCAACCCCAGCCCUUGCUCUACAACUGUGCCAGUGGCCCAGGUGUCUCAGGCCUGGGGGCCCCUUCGGAUACCCAUUUCUGGUGCCUGCCCCAGUGGCUGCUCCUCUGGAAAGGGCUUGGAAAAGAGGAGGGAGGCCUGCUGUGAGGGUUGAGGGUAGAGGCCAAACCAGGAACUGAGGACGGAGCCGCCCAA